GACAGCAACUUCAUUCCCAACUUCAUAGACGCCAUGGAAUCCAUCUCCAACAGUGUCAACGAGAAACAAUGGGGAGAAUACAGCAUCACCUCACCGGCUCCAAAACUGUACGCCUUUGCGCAAUGCCAUUCUGAUCUCUCCCCAAAAGACUGCUCUACUUGUUUCGCAAUUUCGAGAACCAAGCUCCCCAAAUGCCUCCCUUCAACUUCAGCUCGCAUCUACCUCGACGGUUGCUUCCUCGCUUACGAUGACCUUGACUUUUCAGGCCAGGCCCUCGACGAAGAUCACAAGAAUGUGAAAUGUGGGAGUCCAGUCGAUUUUUCGAAAGAUAAUUACAUGAAGGAGGGGUAUAACCUCAAGGUAAGGGAUGUGAUUGGUAACUUGACGAAGAAGGCUGAGGGGAAUGAAGGGUUUGCUUUGGUGCGGCAGAGAGGUGGAGUUGAAAGUGUUUAUGCAUUGGCCCAGUGCUGGAGGACCAUCAGCGAUAAAGGGUGUAGAGAUUGUUUGGAAGAAGCUGGGAAGAUUCUCCGGGGAUGCUUGCCUGGGAAGCAAGGUAGGGCUAUGCUGGCAGGGUGUUAUAUGAGGUACUCUACCGCGAGAUUUUAUGACAUUGAAGAAGAAGAAGAAGCAAAUGGAAAUGCUGAUCUGUGGCAUGUUCUAGCUGUCAUUAUAGCUGGAAUGGUCAUUUCUGUUUUGUCUCUCUUUGGGUUUAUAAUGGCCUACCGGAAAUUACAAAAAAUGACAGGAGGUAAACAUCUUGGAACUAACAGCUUGAAUUUCAAGUACGAAAUGCUGGAAAAGGCCACCGAUUACUUCAAUGCCUCGAGGAAACUUGGCCAAGGCGGAGCUGGUUCCGUUUUCAAGGGAACUCUUCCGGAUGGGAGCAAUGUAGCAGUUAAAAGACUCUUCUUCAACACAAGGCAAUGGGUGGAUAACUUCUUCAAUGAAGUAAACCUCAUAAGUGGUAUUCGACACAAGAACCUUGUUAGGCUUUUGGGUCAGCAAUGCAGCAUUGAAGGUCCAGAAAGCCUUCUAGUCUAUGAAUAUGUACCCACCAAAAGCCUUAAUCAAAUCCUUUUUGGUAGGGGCACUGAGCAAGUUUUAAGUUGGCAACAGAGAUUUAACAUCAUUUCUGGAAUUGCUGAGGGGCUUGUGUAUCUCCAUGAAAGUUACAGCGAGAAAAUUAUUCACAGGGACAGAAAAUCCAGCAACAUUCUCCUUGAUGAGGAUCUUACUCCAAAGAUUGCUGAUUUUGGACUUGCUCGCUGUGUUGGUCCUGAUAAGUCUCAUCUUAGCACAGGAAUUGCAGGCACAUUAGGUUAUAUGGCUCCUGAAUAUCUUGUUCGAGGACAACUAACCGAUAAGGCUGAUGUUUAUGCCUUUGGUGUGCUUGUUCUCGAGAUUGUAUGUGGCAGGAAGAACCAUGUUUUCAUCGAGGGUUCACACUCAGUUCUUUAUUCUGUUUAUAAGCACUAUAGGGCCAAUACUAUUACCGAAUCUGUUGAUGCCAUGUUGAAAGGUGAGUACUCCAAAAGAGAGGCGUCGAAUGUACUUCAAAUUGGGCUUCUGUGCACGCAAGCUUCUCUUGCACUGAGACCAUCCAUGUCCGAGGUAGUUCACAUGCUGACCGAUAAAUGUAGCAUUCCUUCACCAAAAAAGCCUCCAUUCUUGAAUGCCAGCAUACUUAAUUCGGAUUCCUCUAGAUCUACAUUGAGCUAUUUGUCAAAAGAGGGAGGAGAGUCUCUAAAGUCUGCCGAUCUAGCCAGCUUGGAAUCAAAUUGUAUUCAAACAAUGGAAGCAUCUGAACCAAGGUAGUAGCAUUGGAUGCAACUGUAUCUGUACUUGCAUGGUUUCUGUUCUUGUAAAUAAUGAAUGAGGAAACUUUGCAACACGUGUAUAGAAGGUUUUGUGAUAGUUAGGUCUAUAACUGCAUCUGUAUAGUUUUGCUUUUGUUGUAAAUCUCUUCCUAGAUGAUAUGCAAUGACCUAAAAAGGUCAUGUUUUCAGGUCUGGAAUUCUUCAUUACAUGGUUUUCUUCACGUCUAAUGAAUUAGUAGUUAAAAGAUCCCUUCAUUACAAAAACAGAUUAUUACGAAUCCUUAGGUCUGGAAUAGCUAUGAGACUUUCAGUUGCGUUAACUAUCUCAGGUCAAGUAGAAGUUCAUCUUGUUUUAAAUUGUUUGAUAGAGUUGUAAGUUGACUAGAGCCAUAUCUCUUUACCUUAUAUUGUUGAUAUGACAAGAGCUCAGAGCUGUAAAUUUGUAAUCCCAGAGAAUUCCAUCUGUCCCUUGGCUUUGAUUAUAUCUAGUGUUAGGUGGUUGAAGCAAAAAUAGCAAACUCCAACAGACACUCGAUCGAUUGGGUUUGAUUCUGAAUAGCUUAAAUUUUGGGUCUUGUAUGAUGAGACAAAAUAGGCAUUUCAAAAGUCCCACAUCGAUGAAAUGCGUCCGAAUGAUGACGUUUAUAUAGCUAACAGUUUCUUAAACAAUUGCCGAGCUUGGUUACGCGAGCUUGUGACCCAAGUGGGGGCAUUAAAGGUGGUCUUGGAAGGUUGGUUCCGUGAGGGCACACCCUAAGGCUUGCGGGCUCUCCGGGGAAGGUGGGCCCAUUUCAUUUGGUGGUGGAGCAGCUAGCUGGAGGAGGCCAAAAGUAGUGGCCAAGAAUCCGACGGUCGUUCGGAAUGCCUUCCGAGAGGAGGAAGGGAAUGGGAGAGUCCAAAGAGGAUCCCCAUAAUCACCGGCGAUAACGCCGCGUGGCACCGCCCGCCGAAACUGGCGGGGGUGACCGAAGUAAUCCCGCCGUAGCGCAGGGGUACAAUCAGCGAUGACUGGAACCACAGAAUGGGUUGGGCUCACUUUGCUGGCACCUUGGGAGGGAACGUGAAGCAUUAAUAGGGGACCUGCCUCUCCAACCGACUCCACCUU